AUGAACUCUCUGAAUGUAACCGUGGUGACCGAGUUCAUCCUUGUGGGCUUCCCGACUCUUUACAGGUAUGGUCCGUACCUGUUUGCUUGCCUCCUUCUCGUCUACCUUCUCACCAUACUCGGAAACGUCGUCGUAUUUGUGACCAUCCGGCUGGACUCGCAGCUUCACACUCCCAUGUACUUCUUCAUCAGUGUUUUGUCCUUUCUGGAGCUUUGGUAUACGGCCGUCACCAUCCCAAAGAUGCUCAUCAACCUACUGGCGCCAAGGAAAAGUAUAUCGUUUAAAGGUUGUCUUCUUCAGACCUACUUCUUCCACUCGCUUGGGGCAAGCGAGUGCUACUUACUCACAGUCAUGGCUUACGACAGAUACUUGGCAAUCUGCCACCCUCUACGCUAUUCCUCCAUCAUGACGGGUAGAGUCACCCUGCGGCUUGUGUCCUCCUGCUUCGCCAUUGGGUUCUUUUGCCCCCUCUCCGAAGUGAUUUUAAUAUCCAGGCUCCCGUUCUGUGGCAGUAAUGAGAUCCAGCAUAUAUUCUGUGACUUCCCACCGCUUCUGAGUCUGGCUUGUACCGACACCUCGGUCAACGUCAUCGUAGACUUCGCCAUCAACAGCUUUAUCAUUUUGGUGACCUUCUCCUUUAUUAUGAUCUCGUAUAUUAAGAUUAUCAUCACGGUCAUGAAAAUCAACGGAACUAAAUGGCGUUUGAAGGCCUUCUCCACAUGCGUGUCUCAUAUCAGCGUGGUGCUCGUGUUCUUCACCUGUAUCAUUUUCAUGUACGUGAGGCUCACCAAAAGUUAUUCCUUGUACUAUGACCGCGUCUUGGCAGUUAUUUACUCGGUGCUCACUCCCAUAUUCAACCCCAUCAUUUACAGUCUACGGAACAAGGAGAUAAGGGUGGCUUUUCAACGGAAACUAUGUCACAAAAGCUCUUAUUAUCACUGA